CAUCUCUGGGGAAGGAGCCAAGGAAAAUGUUAGACACCAAAGAAAGACCUUGCAAUAAAGCCGAGAAACUGGGCGGGAGGUGAAUGCCAACAAACAGGACAGGAAUGUGACUUCCGGCUGGGUGCCCAGGUGUUCCCAGAUCACCUGUUCUGCGGUCCAGCCUCCCGCCCUUCCUGGCCCCAGGUGACCACAUGACUGUGGUGCACUUUGCUCCGGAGCCUUUCGGGAAGGGAAGAGGCCUGACCUUGGGGCUGGGGGCAGGGCGGGCACCACCCGGCCCACGGCUCCUGCUGCUGACUUCCGCUCUGGGGCUCUGUUUGCCACCGGCUAAGAGCCUGCUCCCGUCCCUCCACGGCCCCUGCCCCGCCCGCCUGUAGAGGGAAGCAGACCUUCCCCAGGCCAGAAGGGAGGCGAGAGGGAGGCAGGUGGAGGCCCUGCAGGACCCGGCCAUGACCCACUGUCAGGCUCCCUGGAAGUGACCAGGCCUGGGGACAGGCAGAGCUGGUUCUCCUCCGGGGCACAGAGCUGCGGCUACGGAGGCUUUAGACGCGACGGGAAGAACCGGAAUGUUUUGACAUCGUUGAAGCACCAACUUUAACCCAUGAACGGGCAACCAAGAGGGCAUGGCGCAGGCGCACGGGACCCCCCCGCCCAGGGCCGACCCCGGCCAGCCCUGCGUGUUCAAGCUGGUGCUCCUGGGCAGUGGCUCCGUGGGCAAGUCCAGCCUGGCCCUCCGCUACGUGAAGGACGACUUCAGGAGCAUCCUGCCCACCGUGGGAUGUGCCUUCUUCACGAAGGUGGUGGAGGUGGGGGCCUCGUCUCUGAAGCUUGAGAUCUGGGACACGGCCGGCCAGGAGAAGUUCCACAGCGUCUGCCACCUCUACUUCAGGGGCGCCAACGCCGCGCUUCUGGUGUACGACGUCACCAAGAAGGAGUCUUUCCACAAGGCCCAGCAGUGGCUGCGGGACCUGGAGAAGGAGUUCCGCCCCGGAGAGGUCGUGGUGAUGCUGGUCGGCAACAAGAUAGACCUCAGCGAGGAGCGGGAGGUCACGUUUGAGGAAGGGAAGGAGUUUGCGGAGAGCAACAGGUUGCUGUUUAUGGAAACCUCGGCCAAACUGAACCACCAGGUGUCUGAGGCCUUCAGCGCUGUGGCCCGAGAGCUCUCGCAGAGGGGCGGCGGGGAGGGCCAGGCUCCGGGCAGGGACGCAGCCGUGGUUCUGAACGAGGGGCCCACAAGGCGGGCCAGAUGCUGCGCCCACUAGCAGCCCCCGCUCCAGGAGGGGUCUCGGGGAGGACGCCCAGCCCACGCCAAGUCUUCAGGGUGGGCCCCUGCCAGCUCCAGGUUGAUUCUGACUCACGGUUGAUGCUGCAUCGUCCCUGAGGCCCAGAGGGCCCUGAAGGUUGGCGUCCUUUACAGUAACCACUUCCCAAAGCCAGUGGGGGUUGUCCGGGCAGGAUCCGGGGUCAAGUGGCCCCCAGAAGAGUGUCAGCCCAGACGCCACCUGGUUCCGGAAGCCUGUGCCUGCACCAUCUGGACUGUCGUACUCUCAGCCGCUUCGCCCUGGGACACAGAGGAAUUAAACGGGGCGGAGAGGAAGCAAUGAUCAGAAAGAUAGUUCGAUCACCGUGAUGGUCGACCACGCCUUGUACCUGGCUUGGGCAGCGUGCUGGCCUGUGGCUGCGCCCACCUGCUGCUGGGAGGCGGGAGAGGCAGGAGCAGGCCAGAGGGCAGAGAGGGAGGCCCAAGCCAUCUGCAUCUCGGGAAGGACAGCUGGGGGUGGGGGACACGGUCCCCUCCCACUCUCUCCUCCUGGCUGCGAAUCUGAUGAAGCAAAGUUUCUGUCCAGUUGGCAUGAAGAUUCGGAGACUUUCAGGCUGAGAUGCGAGUUGUACCCCAUAUGCAUUUUUUUCUCUAAAAAUUAAACUGCUUUUGACAAUCUAA